UUCCGCAAGGGCGUGCUGACGUCACUGCGCCUCAUUUACGCGUUCGUAUUAUUACCAUGGAAGGAUCGCGGUGCUGAUAUUUUUCCGCUUUUAUUCGCAUUUACGGCCGAAUUCUGUGCGUUUUCGCGUGCUUCACGUCGGCUUCCGUGUGCCGGAUGACGUUCCAGCGGUAGUUGCAGUUCACCAUGUUCCAGUGCAUUCCCUUGUUCCGCGGUUGCAACCGGCAAGUCGAAUACGUCGACAAACGCCAUUGCAGUUUGCCAAGUGUACCGGAUGAGGUAUUGCGCUAUACGCGCAGCCUAGAGGAACUAUUGCUAGAUGCGAACCACAUUAGGGAUUUACCGAGGUCGUUCUUCUAUCUUCCGGCUCCAUGCAGCUUCGGAAGCUGGGGCUGAGCGACAACGAGAUACAGCGUCUGCCGCCGGACAUCUCAAAUUUUCUCAACCUCGUUGAACUUGACGUCAGCCGCAACGACAUACCGGAUAUUCCCGAUAACAUCAAGUACUGCAAGAAUCUACAGAUAGCCGAGUUCAGCAGCAACCCCCUGUCACG